UCUUGCAGUGUUUUCUCUGCUUGAACACUAGAGGGUGCACUUGUUCCUCCCCCCUGCUUUCCUGUACAAUCUUUGUCGAGUUUGAUUAUUGCUGUCCUAUGAUGAAUACGGAAGUACACUUCUCGUGAUAUUUUUAAAAAAAAUUAUUGGUCCGCAUUUUGCGUGUAUUUAAAAAAAAAAUCACAAAACUUACAUGUAAUACAUGAGUGCAAUGUUUACUGUCCAUUGACCAACAGUGUCUGCCCCAAGUAACUUGUUUUCAAUAAUAAAAAAAAAAAUUGGAUAGGAAAAACGUCCACUUUUUUUUUUUUUAAGUUCCUGUCACCGAAUAACAAUUGUAAUUUAAUAUGCAAAAUGUUUUUCUUCGUUAGAUGGGGUGUCUGUAGAUGCUGCCCCGCCCAAAACCUCACCAGCGUGUUUAUCAGCGCCACUAACUGGAUCAAAGCUGUCCAUGCCAAAUUGUCGUGAACAAACAUCCUAACACUAAUUUGUGUUCAUUAAUCUUAUUACCUCAUCGCUACCCAGAUCAAUCGAGGUUAUCCCUAAUGCUGACAUUAAUUAAAGGCCUAACAUGCUGAGUGUGCUUGGCUUUUUCUUGGGCCUUUUUUUUUUUUCUCAGCGCAGUAGACAAAAGGUGAUAAGGAAAGGAAGGAAAAGAAGUUUAAUUCCAAACUUGCAAGUGAUGUACAAAAGGAAGGAUCACAUUUGAGGAAUCUCAUUUAGGAGGAGAAGAGGUCAUCAUCUUAAGGCUUCCAAAAACUGUGGUGAACUUCUAAGAAGUCUUGUUCCCGUUAUCCCAUUAAAGGGUUAUGUCUGCUUUUGGCUCCUGCCAAGAUCAAGAAGAUUAAGUUCACUCUCACACACAGCGACUUUUCAGUCGUUGGGCUCGUCGUCCAAAGUCGUCGCUCAUUCACAUCCCGAGGAGCCUGCCGUCCAGCAUGGGCGCCCACGGCUCCAACCUGGACGACAUCCUGGAGGAGGACAUGCACCACUGGUACACCAAGUUCAUGAGGGAAUCGCCGUCGGGCCUCAUCACGCUCUUCGAGCUCAAAACCAUGCUGGAGAUGAACGGCAUGACGGAGGAGGCCAGCAGCUACGUGGACCAGGUCUUCUUCACCUUCGACAUGGAUGGGGACGGCUACAUCGACUUUGUGGAGUACAUCGCCGCCAUCAGCCUGCUCCUGAAGGGAGAAGUCAACCAGAAGCUCAAGUGGUACUUCAAGCUCUUCGACCAGGAUGGGAAUGGCAAAAUUGACAAAGAUGAAAUGGAGACCAUCUUCAAGGCCAUUCAGGACAUCACGAGGAGCUACGAAAUUCCACCCGAAGAGAUCGUCGCGCUCAUCUACGAGAAGAUUGAUGUCAACGGGGAAGGCGAGCUGACCCUGGAAGAGUUCAUCAGCGGCGCACGGGAGCACGCCGACAUCAUGGAGAUGCUCACCAAGAUGAUGGACCUCACACACGUCCUGAAGAUCAUCGUUAUGGGACUACGCAAGAAGUCCUAAUAAGGAGCCAGGUGGGAUGCCGCCCACGUUAAAAGCGUGCGGUGCCCCCUGGUGGAGGGAGGCCCAACUAUCAUAGGAAGAAGCCUUUUUUUUUUCAAAAUCCUGAAAAUUCUUCAGGAAAAAGAAAACAUGGCGGCACGGAACCAAGAACACUGCCAGCUUGCUGGACUGCUUUGCGACAAUGUAAUCAAUAGAGGCCUCAGAAGGUAGGAACCCAGUUGAUUUUGAGCAAGGCUCAGGUAACUUAGUUUUUUUUUUUUUCCCCCACUGCUCACAAUUGACAACGAAUCAUUUUCAAACUCACGGGGGCAUCUGUUGGAACCUUUGUUGAUUUGAAGGGUGUGUGACACAAGAUGGCCAAAGUAGUCUAAAUUGAUUGUACAAAAAAAAAAAAGUCGUGCACAGGCACGAACCAUGUUCAGCUUGUCUUCAAAUUUUCAGGUGGCUGAAGUCAAAUCUGUAAAUGUGCUACUUUCCCCUUGUCUCUAAAAUUUGCAGACAAGAUUGUCAUAGUGGUUUAAGUAAAAAAAUAAUUCGAUAUGGAUGUGGGUGACUUGUACAGUAUUGUCAGAUGGUGGAAGUGUACCUAAUGUUGCGGCCGCUGACUGUGACGUUUGUUUGAAAUGUCAUCGCCUUGCACGGCAGUGUUGCCUUAAUAAGACCGCUCUUCACGCUCCAUUUUUGGAAUUUCUAUUACAGGAUGCAUGUAAAAGUCUUAAGGUCACAGCCACAAAAGUCAGCCAUUUUGGCUACCUGAAGCUGGGUCUUUUUUUUGACGGGACAGCAAAACACUCUGAAGAAUUCUGAAAUCUGUACGAGUGAAUAAACAUUGACAAAAUGAUGACG